AUGCAGUCAGCUGCGUCAAAGCCAGAAGGAUGUUUGUUGGCUGGGCUCACUUUGGCCUCGCUGGCAAGCUGCCUCACCAUGCGCAUGUCUCCAGAGCAUGCUGCAGCUUUUGCAGAUGAAGAGCUGGAAGCCUUCAAGGAAUUGUGUGUCUUCUGGCAAGACAUCUUUUCAGAUUCCGCCGAGAUCUCUGCAAUUCUUGCUAAAGCAGUGUGUGCCCUGUCCGUGCUUCGCGUGCACUUGCGCGACAAAGUGGAACUGAUGGACAUCGAGUACAAUCCGCUGUCCAGGUACAUCCCUGGUCAACCAGUCAAGACUGUGUAUGACAAGCUCUUGCCACGUGGCCCUCAGAUUUUGGAGCGCAAACGUGAUGAAACUCUUUUCCAUGGUUCCUUCAUCGAGUCUCAUCGUGAGGACUUGUGGUCUCAUGAGGCUUUCGUGGACGUGCUGCUCCCUGCACAUACCGUGAUUAAGGAUGGCUUGCCUCAUAUUCUCUUCGUCUUGCAAUGUUAUGAAACAGUGGUGGUGGACGGCUUGGCGGGUGCUAAGAUCCGAUUUUCAUGCGCUGUUUUGGGACGGAUGCUAGAAUACUUGACAAGUGGAUGCGCAUGGUAUCGGCAGCGCUUGCAGGCGAUCUCCAACAACCGGGUUGGUCUUCUUUUGUUUGGAGACGAAUCAACUGGCGGGAAUGUCCUCGCUACGAGUAGUUCAAAAAAGAUGUGGCUUUUCCAUGUUGCUUUCCCACAGCUUGGCGAGUUGCAUCGACCAGACAGUUGGCUACCUCUUGCUGCCAUCCCUCACCGCGAUGUUGCUCAAGUCCAAGGUGGGCUCAGCAAAUGUUUUUCAAGCAUUUUGGCUUCUCUGCAGCGGCAGAUGGAGGGCGCUACGCGUCUGCAUGGGUCUGAGCUCCGCUUCUAUCUACACGGUUUCUUGGGAGACUAUGAUGGAAUCAUCAAGUGUUUCUGUGCAAAGGGCGCUUCGGCCACCAAGCCAUGCCUACUUUGCCAAAACUGCCUUUCAAAGGAACAUUUGGCAGCGGGAAGUGAUGAUUAUUUUCAAACAAUCUCAAGCGCUGAGGUCGAAAAGUUUCAGCUCACACGAUCAGAUGAGCUCUGGUCACUUUAUGAUGCUCUGCUCUUGGAGUUGCCAACCAUGACGAAAACACGACGGAAAGAAGCUGAGAAGUUGUUGGGUUUCGCUCUGGAUCCGCACAGCCUCCUAGCUUCUCGAGAUGUGCGAGACUUGAUGCCUCUCUCGCUCUGCAUGCUCGACAGUUGCCACUGCUACUACGCCAACGGGCUGGUGGCUUCGGAACUUGUUCUUGCCUUGCAGUCCCUCUCUAAGAAGAUUGGGUUAGACCUAGCUCACCUGAAGCAGGCCAUGCUUGAUGUUCCAUGGGAAUGCCGGGAUCGCAGGUUGUCAUCCAAAUCCGCCAAAAAGUUUUUGUUCCACGAGUCCUUGUGGCCUGGAAUUUACAAAGGCUCCGCAAGCGAUGUCUUUUCUUUGCUGCCGUGGAUGUGGUUCCACUUCAAAAGUUUGGCUGGUGACAGAGAUUUGCCAGAAUUGUUGAGCUUUGAAGCGCUCAUGGAGGUUCACAUGGAGCUGAGAGCUUGGAGAUCCGGCACAGGUUCAUGCGAGAAGCUUGACAAAUGCCAGCGGCAGCACCAGCGUUUAUUUUGCUCUUGCUAUCCUGGAGACGAACGCCCCAAAUGCCACUUGCGUCUGCAUCUCCCUGAAAUUUAUUCACGCUUGGGAUAUGCAGAUUGCUUCCCAGGAGAAGCCAAGCAUCGACUCUACAAAAGUUAUUUGGCUGACAGCCACGUGGGAUUGUGGCAAGAAGGUACUGGAAAACUUUCUGCUCACCUUUGUGGCCGCUUGCUGUUGAAAACAUGUCAGCAACUGCAAGAGGCACCGUGGACUCACCGCAUGAAAGAACCCAUUCAUGAUGCUCAACAGACAGGUCUGGUAAAUUGUUUGGUCAGUCGAGAGUACCAUUUCGGAUCCAUGCUUCUUGGAGCAGACAUGCCCUUGGUUUGGCAAACUGGCGCUGGCGUGGCGCAAUUCUUUGUGGAAUACAAUUUGCAGCACUACAUGAUCUUUGAAAAGCUUCAGGAGGUGGAUGCCCCGGCGCGCUUCUCGCGCAAAUUUGUCAGAACUGGUAUGAAAGAGGCUGCGCGCCUCCAACAGGUCAACCUUGAGUUGCCAACGUGGUGGCUCUUUGAAGGAUCCACUGUGCUGAUGCUUCUCUGA